AUGUCACGCACACCAAACAUCAACACUAGUAGCUGGCUACCGCUAUGGGGAUCCAACAGCCCAUCGAAUACACUUGAUAACAGAAGUAAAGAGAAUGAAGAAAUAUCGUCCACAAAUUCUACUUCUAAAUUAGUGAAUGACCAGAAAAAGAAUCGAGACAUGGAUUUGAAGAAGGACCUAAGCUCAUCGAAGGCGAUAAAGCCUAAAGCUUCUUCAUCAUCCUUAGUAAACAAUGCCAACAACUGGCUAAACUGGUCUUCAAAGGGCAAAGAGGAUAAUUCUGAGCACCGUUUAGAUAGCGGUGAUAAUAAUGAACAAGAUCUGGAAGAAAACAAUGAUGCUGAACAUGAAAACGAUGAAAUAGAUGAUGCAGAAAAUAAUGAUUAUCUCCCGGACGAUAAUGGUGAUGAAAUUGACGAACAGAUUACAAACAAUAACAGAAAGAAAUCUUCUUCUUCCUGGACUUUCUGGAACAAUGGAAGUCAUAGUGCUAGUGAUAAUGAUUCAAAUAAUAAUAAUAAGGAUAAGAAAGAAAGAGAUAAGAAAAUAAGCAUCACGAACAGAAUUCUUCAAUCAACUCCGUCACUUCCAAAUAAAGAGGAUAUAUCUGAUAGCAAUGAGCAAAAGGCGACUAAAUUAGAGAGGGCCAAUGAUAAGGAAGAAGGUACACCACCAUUAUCGGACCAAAGCGGAGAAGAUGAUGCUGUUUUGUAUAAGCCCCACGAUAAUGCUCAACAGUUUAGUAAAAUUAACACCCACAAGAAUGAAAAUCUCAGGGAAAAUGUUAUAGUUCCAGAUUGGCGACUGUGUUUACCACCUCAGUCUGCGUCCUCUUCAACUGGUUCUUUAGCCAAUACUUUGUUUGGAAAUUCGUCUACUAUGAAUCAAGGGACUACACCCAAUUCUAAAAAUGACAUAACGAACUGGCGACAAUUUAUUAGUCAAUUAUCAAGUAAGUUGGGUUUUAAUACUCAAUCAUUAACAAAUGUAGUUGAGAAUGACAGUGAUAAGGGUAGCGAUAACUCAACCUCAGAUACCAAUGAAAGGAUGGAAAAGGAAUUUGACUUGAUGUACGAUAAGGCUUACAGAUUAUACGGAAGAUCAUUAGCUAAGUUACCACCUGGUAAGAGAGCAUGUUUACCUAACUAUGAUAAGUUUUACACAAGGUUAUCGAAUGAAGGAAAUAAAUCCUCUCAAUAUGCCUCUCUGGAAAAUAAUCAACUACAAGAUGAUGCAAAUGAUCCAAAUUCAAUUUCAAUUACUAAUGAUCCGAUGGGAAACUUAUUGAUUAAUCACAAGCCACGCCCAGCAAAGAGUUCCAAGUUGAACAUUAAUUCGUCAGAUAUAGUAUCACAUAAAUCUGGCCCUUUGCACAAAAUCAAGAAAAUUUUGAUUAUUGGUGUUCAUGGAUUCUUUCCUACAAAGAUGAUAAGACCUCUCAUAGGGGCUCCUAAAGGUACUUCUUUAAAAUUUGCAAAUGAGGCUGAAAAGGCUAUUAUUCGGUAUUGUAUUGAAAAUGGUUUAAUCACUGAAGAUGAAUCUUGCAAUGUAAGUAUUCAGAAAAUUGCCCUUGAAAAAGAAGGUAAAAUAUUUGAUAGGGUUGAAUUCUUUACUGAAAUUUUACAUUCAUGGCAAAAAGAAUUGAACGAAGCAGAUUUUAUCUUCGUUGCUUCGCAUUCACAAGGAUGUGUCGUUUCGAUUAUUCUUUUGGCUAAGCUUAUUAAAUUGGGUAUUCUAAAGGAUCCAAUACAAAAGAGGAUUGGAAUUUUAGGUAUGGCGGGUAUCAAUAAUGGUCCAUUUUACGGAGUCGAUAAAUCAUUUUUUGUGAAAGCGUAUUCGGCAAUUGAACAUGAAUCAAUGACAGAAUUAUUUGAACUAACUAAGUUUACCAGCCAACAAUCUUUGGUUUAUAAGGAAUCCACUCAAAUAAUUAUAAAUGCCAAUGUAAAGAUUUGUUUUAUUGGGUCCAUAAAUGAUCAGUUGGUACCUUUAUAUUCUGCCUUAGCAUCUCAUAUAUUUCACCCAAAUAUUUAUAGGGCUUGUUACAUUGAUCAUUCAUCGCAAACUCCUCUUUUUGUUCAGAAAUUGGUUUCAUUAUGUUGCCAAUUACAAAACUUAGGUUAUUUUGAUAACAAUGUUUUAAAAGAAUUAAGCACCGUCUUGGCGGGUCCAUUGACAGGAGGUGGCCAUUCUAAGAUAUAUAAUGACGGUAAGGUUUAUGAUUUAGGUGUAAAAUUCGUUUUGGAUACUGACGAUAUUGUCAUCCCUCCCACUCAGUCGUCUACAUUAUUAACGAAGGAUUUUCCGUAUCCUUUUGAGUUGAAUAAGAUAAAUUCGAAAACAAACUUAGUGACAAGUGGCGUUGGUACAUACGGACCAAUUGAUCAUGUUGACGAGGUAGAAGAGCUUGUGAAAGUACCAAUAUCGAACCAUGUUUAUAUUAAGGAAUAUAAUGUUGGAAAAAUAGGUACCAACCCCUUUAUAUUACCUUGGUGUUUAAGAGGAUUAAUUUUCAAUAUUGAAAAGAACUGGCCGAAUAAUAAUAAACUAUUAACCGUGGACAAUGGAGAUGAUUUAGGCAAAAAUGGGUAUGACGAAAUUAGUGAAUUAUAUGAACUGUUUGAAAACUGGAAACCUGAGAGUAAAUUAUUAAAAGACUUGAAAUUUAGACUUAACGGUAUUAGAGCUAGUAAACUCUAG